AUGGCGUCGCGCGACGAGCCGACGGCAUGGGACAGGAAGGAUAUGGACCGCAUGGGGAAGCGGCAGGAACUCAAGCGCGCGUACCGCCCCCUCUCGGCGCUCAGCUUCGCAAUUGUGCUGACGGCGAUCUGGGAGUACCUGAUGAUUGCGUGCACGCAGGGGCUGGCGCUCGGCGGGCUGGCGGGCAUGUUCUGGAGCUAUGUGUGGACGUUUGUGGGGUUUACGUUUGUCGAGAUGAGUCUGGCGGAGAUGGCGAGUAUGUGCUCCGGCGGCCAGUACCACUGGGUCUCUGAGUUUGCGCCCGCGCGCUACCAGCGCUUUUUGUCGUACGUCGUGGGCUGGAUGUCGACGCUGUCGUGGCAGGCGGGCAAUGCGGCGGAUUGCUUUCUGACGGGGACGAUGGCGCAGGCGCUGAUCGUGGUGAACAAUCCUGCCUACACGCCGCGGCGGUGGGAGGGGACGUUGUUUGUGUUCGCGAUGGUCUUCAUCGUCUACAUCGCCAACAUCUACGGCUCCGCGCUCUGGCCGCGCCUCCAAAACGCCCUCAUGGUGCUGCACAUCCUCGCCUUCCUCGCCGUCGUAACCACCCUGUGGUGCCUGGCCCCGCACCGCACCGCCGCCGACGUCUUCACCGCCUUCACCCCCACCGCCGACUGGUCCUCGCUCCCACUCUCCCUGCUCGUCGGCCAGAUCAGCGCCAUCUACGCGCUCCUCGGCUCCGACGCCACCGCGCACAUGGCUGAAGAAGUCCGCGACGCGAGCCGCUACGUCCCGCUCUCCCUCUUCUGGUCGUACGCGCUCAACUCCCUGCUCGCCAUCGUCUUCCUCAUCGCGUUCCUCUUCGCCAUCGACGACGUGCCCGCCGCCGUGACCCACGAGAGCGGCUACCCCUUCCUAUACGUGUUCACGCGCGUGCUGUCGCCCGCGGGCGUCAACGCCUUAACCCUCAUCGUACUCCUGCUCGUGUCCGCCGCGAACGUCAACUUCGGCGCCAGCACCGCCCGCCAGACGUUCGCGUUCGCGCGCGACAACGGCCUGCCCUUUGCAUCCUGGAUCGCGCACGUCGACCCCCGCCGCGGGAUCCCCGCCAACGCCGUCCUGCUCUCCUCCGUCGCCGCCGCGCUGCUCGCGCUCAUCAACAUCGGCUCCACGACCGCAUUCGAGGCCAUCGUCAGCCUACAAGUCGUGAGCCUGAUGUUCACGUACGCCGUCUCCCUAUCGUGUAUCCUGCACCGCCGGCUGACCGCGCCCGAGACGCUGCCGUCGGCGCGCUGGAGCCUGGGGCGCUGGGGCGUGGGCGUGAAUGUGGUGGGGUUGGGGUACGUGUGUUUUGCGUGUUUCUGGGCGUUUUGGCCGACGUAUGCGCGGGUUGAUGCGGAGAAUUUUAAUUGGGCGGUUGUGCUGUUCGGUGCGGUGUUUGUCGGGUGCUUGGUUAUGUAUGCGGUGCAGGGGCGGAGGGUGUAUGUUGGGCCGGUGAAGGAGGUGCGGCGGUUGAGUGGGGAGACGAUGUAG